GGACCGAUCAAGUAAACGUCCUGCUGCUUGCUCAUCUUCGUGGGCCCAGAAGAAAAAGCACAGUAGAGAUACGCCUGUUUCGGAAUUUAAACAAGUAAAUUUUAGUCAGAUAACAGAGUCGAUGAAAGAGUGGGACAUUUUGUUUUUGUGUUGUGACACUCUGUUGAAAGAUUUUCCUGACGGGAGGUACAAAAUUCUUAUUGUUUGUUGUAUGGACGUAUCAUGUUCUUUUUUCAAGUUGACGGCCAUGGGCAGCAAAGGGGAAGAGUAUUUCGGUUUGUUAGAGAUUGGGAAAAGCUACAUGUUGAAAAAUGGUGUGGUUAUCAUUUUGAAUUCCAAAGGAGGUGUACCUGACAUGGUGUAUAAGUUUGUGCCGUUGAAAAGCAUUGCAUCAAUCAAUGAUGGUCAAGUAAUAGAUACAUUUGGAUAUGUUUGUGAUAUUGGUGGCAUGACUACCAGCGUUGUUCAUGAAUCGUUUGGUGAUAACAUGUUGGUGAACAUGACUAUUGGCUGUACCAAUGAAACCCGAUUGCUUAUUUCAGGCAUGGGUUUCCGUCGUGGACAUUGGUUUGGGCGAUCUGGAAUUCAGGAAGAUUCAAUUGUGGCUAUCAAAGGGGUGAAGAUUGAAAGGCGAGUGAAAGAGUUGUUACCGGAAGCUCAUGCUAUUUGGAUAAUGAAGCAAGGUGAUAGUAGUGAGCAGGUUGGUGAGUGUAAUGCUGGUGAAGUAACGUCAAAAGUGGAGGAAGGUAGUGGUUAGAAAGAGUUGCCAUUAGUUUUGGAGGUUGUUGAAGGAGCCGAUGAAGUCUGUGUGAAUGAUGGCGAUAAGGAUA